AUGGACAUGAUGAUGACGCUCGGCGCGGCCGCGUGGCGGGACCCAACCGUCGCCAGCAGUAUCUUGCGCGGUAUCUGGUUCACACUAAGUGCUACAGCGCUCGCGAGCCUGGUCCUCCCGCCGCUCCAUGCGCUCUCGUUGCACGGCCGCUUUGCCAGCAACGCAUCCUCGUGGCAGGUGUGGAAGGGCUACUUUGGCGUCUUUUACCUGAUCGGUUGGCUCUGGAACGGACUCGUUCUCGUGUGCGCGUGGCACCCGCCGAUGCCCAUCGCGCCCUUCUUGCCGCCGCAUCUCUCGGCGAUCCAUCCCUCGACGCUGCUCGUGCUCGUCGUGCUGCAAUGCCACCUCUUUCGCCGCAUGAUGGAGAGCUGGGCCAUGACCGACUUUGGCGCGUCCACGAUGCAUGCGUCGGCGUGCCUUCUUGGCGUCGGGCACUACAUCCUUGUGUCGCUCUCGGUCGUCUUGGACCCGGCUGCGUCCGAGGAUACGACCUCGAUCGCCUCUGUGCUCGCGGGCCUUGGCCUCUUUCUCUAUGCGAGUGUGCACCAGAUGCGCUGCAAUGGCCUCUUGACGAACCUCAAGCGCGCGAGCCACGGCGCGUAUGGGCUGCCGUUUGGCGACUGGUUUGAACACACGUGGAGUCCGCUCUAUUUGGCGGAAAUUCUCAUCUACGCGUCGUUUGUGCUGCUGACGAGCGGCCGCCACAUGAACCUCGUCGCCCUCGCGGCCUGGGUCGGCGUCAACCAAGCCAUUAGCGCGGCCCGCGCCGCUGCGUGGUACGAAGCGACGUUCCCGGUGGCCAAGACACUGCAUCGCGCGACCUUGCUGCCGCGUCUGUGGUAGUCACUGGUCUACCCUCGUUGUACAGGUGUAAAUAUCAAAUUCCAGCC